AAUGAAUAGAUAAUAAUAAGAAGCUGCAAAUAUCUGUAAAUAAUUCAAUAAUUUAGACAGUGUUGAAGAGAGUUAGAGAUGCUUUGAAUGCAAGAGGGACAAAGACAAUUAGAAGUUUGGGAAUAUGUUUUAGGUGUUUGGACUCAUAUGAUGGAAAUAGAAAAUUAGAUAAGAAUGAAUUAAAGGUUGGAUUAGCUGAGAAUGGUGUUCAACUAUCAUGGAAUGAAAUUGAUGUAGAUAAAUAAAUAAUGUAAGAUUUUAUUCGCCGCCAUGGAUAGAGAUAGAAGUGGAACAAUUGAUUUUGAUGAAUUCUUAGUUGCCAUAAGAGUAAGAAAGAUAACCAUUAAAUUAGGGAUAACUUAACCCAACCAGAAAGGCAAUAGUAGAUUAAGCAUUCAAAAGGUUUGAUAAAACAGGAGAUGGAAAGAUAACUGUUGAUGAUAUAAAGUAUUGAAUUUAAUAAUUAUACAAAGAGGAGUAUACAAUACUAAGUUACAUCCAAAAGUUAAGAAUGGAUAAAUGUCUGAAAAUCAAGUUUUGGAUGAAUUUUUAGUGAAUUUUGGAGAUGUAGACAGAAAUGGAUAAUUAAGUUAUUAAGAAUGGCUUGAUUAUUAUGCUGCAGUAUCAGCCUCUGUUGACAACGACGAGCACUUUGUAUUGUUGAUGAAAAUGGCAUGGAAGUUAUGAAU